AUGGGCGCCGAGGACUGGAACCCAAAGUCAUGGACAUCGAAGCCCAUCAAGCAGGAUGUUGUUUAUGAGGAUGUUGAAGGCGUCCAGUCCGCUCUCCGGAAGCUAGAGAAGCUCCCACCGCUUGUUACUACCCAUGAGAUCGCAAACCUCAAGAAGAGUCUAAAGAAUGUCGCGCUCGGGAAGGCGUUUGUUUUACAAGGAGGGGACUGCGCGGAGUUGUUCGAUUACUGUAAUCAAGAUAUGAUCGAGGCCAAAGUCAAGCUUCUGCUCCAGAUGAGUUUGGUUUUAAUCUGGGGAGCAAACAUGCCUGUUGUCCGUAUUGCUCGUAUCGCUGGACAGUUCGCCAAACCCCGCUCAAAUCCUAUGGAAGUCGUCAACGGUGUUGAAAUGCCUUCUUUCCGUGGGGACAAUAUCAACGGCUUUGACGCUACGCCUGACUCUCGCCGUCCGGACCCCUCGCGUCUGGUCUCUGCAUACUUCCAUUCUGCGGCUACGCUCAACUAUUUGCGUGCUUCUCUCUCUUCUGGUCUUGCAGACUUACAUUCUCCUCUUGACUGGGGUCUUGGUCAUGUCAUCACCCCGUCUAUAAAAGAGAAGUACGAGCGGAUCGUCAACAGAGUAAAGGAUGCCCUCCGCUUCAUGCAAACCGUUGGAAUCGACACCGACCGUGGCGUUGAAACUGUCGACAUCUACACCAGCCAUGAGGGUCUCCUCCUAGAAUAUGAAACGAGCCUCACUCGGCUUCUGAAAGAUCCGACCCCGCCGUCUUCCCACCAACCUACCGUCACCUUAGUCCCGGGGAAAGGACCAAUCCCAGCGCAAACGCCCGCAUCGAGUAGCUACUAUGCUACAUCUUCUCACUUCCUCUGGAUCGGGGAUCGCACGCGCCAACUAACGGGCGCUCACGUCGAAUUUUUCCGCGGCAUCGCCAACCCCAUCGGCAUCAAAAUUGGCCCCUCCAUGACCCCCACCGAGCUAGUCACCCUCCUCGAUACUGUCAAUCCAACCCGCGAAAUUGGCAAAGUCACCCUCAUCUCCCGCUACGGUGCUGCCAAUAUCGCCGCCCAUCUCCCUGGACACAUCAGCGCUGUUCAAUCCUCCGGCCAUAUCCCCGUCUGGCAAUGCGACCCGAUGCACGGGAACACUCGCUCCACUCCCAAUGGUGUCAAGACGAGACAUUUCUCGGAUAUUCUUUCUGAGCUGAAGCAGGCGUUAGAGAUACAUAAGGCCGCAGGCAGCUUCCUUGGUGGCAUGCAUUUGGAGCUUACCGGUGAGGCGGUCACGGAGUGUGUUGGUGGUGCUGGAGGGUUGACAGAGGAGGGACUGGGAGAGAGAUACACGACUUUCUGUGAUCCGAGAUUGAAUGAGAAGCAGGCGCUGGAGUUGGCGUUCUUAGUUGCUGGUUUCUACCGAGAGAUGGAGGGAGGCGAAGGGGUCAAUUCAAUUUAA